ACAAUGUGCGGUUGUACGGAUACGAAACGGGCCCCAGUUUGGAAGUUUUGUCAACAAACGCUCCGUCAGCAGGAGCAUAUAAAACAGGACGGCUUGCUGGUGUUCUGGUUCAGUUAAUUACUAAUUUUGCGUGCAGUAGCUCGGUAGCUCCAGUCGCCAGUCAAUUGAAUGUGGUGGGAAAUGGAUAGUGAAAAUCAGAAGAUUAGCGAGCAAGCGCUCAAUACGGCGGAUAUCUACAAGGGUCUUUCGCUGCCGAAGCGUAUUGAUAGUCCGUAUCAAUUCACCGGGUAUGGAUCACAGCAGGAAGGGCGUAAUCCGAUCUAUCGUACCUCAAACGCUGACUACGGCUACUAUCCACCCUGUCCGCAUACUGUACCCCACAAAUACUUUCCAAAGUCCCAUAAAUUUACUGGCCAUCUUUAUCAGUGCGGUAUGUUCCGUAAUUAUUCACUGAACACUGCCGUGGAUCGUCCGUAUUGUAAAUUCAACGAAUAGUGUUCCGGAAGGAUCCGGAUGAUGAUGAGAUUCCCUUUUUGCUUAUACCAUUUUUUGGAGAAUAUCUGCCAUGGAUUGAGAAGUGUUCCAAGAGCAUAGGAAUGUGUGUGGAUUUUGGCUUGACGAAAUUAACAGCAAUUCAUUCUCGAGUCGAUAAAUACGCUUUAUAAACAUUUUGAACAGGCAAGAACUAUUGCACAUUAAUAAAUUGUUCACAAUUUCACACAAA